GCGCCCCUAAUCUCUUCACUCCCUUCACGCCUGAAAAAGUUCAAACAUGUUUUGAAAACAAAUUCUGGAAAAACUGUUUGUUUUCAAAAUAGUAUAUUAUAAUAUCAAACAUAUUUUGGAACCUGGAAUGAGGUUACGAAAAUGAAGCUGAAGGUUGCUAAUCUAGGGUGUAAACGCUGCUACAAGAAGAUCAAGAAACUGCUCUGUAAAUUUCCUGAAAUACGAGAUCAGACUUUCUCUGAGAAGGACGACACCGUGAUAAUCGAAGUAGUAUGCUGCUGCCCUGAGAAAAUCAGAACGAAGCUUAUCUGCAAAGGUGGCGAUACCAUCAAGAGUAUCGAGGUUAUACCAACCGAGAACCCACCGGAACCGGCACCGAAACCGGCACUGAAACCGGCACCGAAACCGGAACCGGCACCGAAACCGGCACCGGCACCGAAACCGGAACCGGCACCGAAACCGGCACCGGCACCUCCAAUACCAGGGUAUUUAGCCUUCAUCUAUCCAAUUGGAGUCUAUCCAAUUGGAGUGUGCUGUAAGUCAUGCUAUGAGGGACGUGGUGGUGGCCCCUGCCACCAUAGAUAUGGGAUUCCGCACCAACCACCAUCUCAUGAUGGCUGGCCUUCUGGGUGUCGCUGUGACAGAAGCUAUGGUUGCCGCUGUGAAAUCGUUAUUGAAGAAAAUCCCACAUGCACCAUCGUGUGAAUCAUACUCCAUCGUGAUUGUCGUUGUCUGGUGUUUUUAAUUCCUUUUCUCAGUUGGGUGUUGAGUCGGUGAUCAGUUCUUUUGGGUUCUUUUCUCGUCCACAACAUCAAGGCUGUAUAGGGCAAUAAUGUUUGUGGACUAAUAGAUGUUGAUUUCAUCCUUAGAUGCUUAUAAUUCACUUAAAAAAGAUUAUCAAAAGCACCUUUUGUAAGGGCCCUUUUGAAGACACCCUGAA